CGAGUUCACACUGGGGAGAAGCCAUUCAUCUGCUCAAACUGUGGGAAGGGAUUCACUCAGUCAGCCACACUACAAAGACACCAGUCAGUUCACACUGGGGAGAGGCCGUUCACUUGCACAAACUGUGGGAAGAGAUUCACUCAGUCAUCCAACCUAUUGGCACACCGGUCAGUUCACACUGGGGAGAGGCCGUUCACCUGCGCAUACUGUGGAAAGGGAUUCACACGGUCAUCCAACCUAUUGGCACACCGGUCAGUUCACACUGGGGAGUGGCCAUUCACCUGCAGUGAAUGUGGGAAGGGAUUCACUCAGUCAUCCAAACUACUAACACAUCAGUCAGUUCACACUGGGGAGAGGCCGUUCACCUGCGGUGAAUGUGGGAAGGGAUUCACUCAGUUAUCUCAUCUACUGAGACACCAGCGAGUUCACACUGGGUAGAGGCCGUUCACCUGCUCAGACUUUGAGAAGAGAUUCUCUCAGCUAUCUCCACCAAAUGUGUGUCAUUCAGUUCACACAGGGGAGUGACUGUUCAGCUGCUGUGAAUGUGGGGAAAGAUUCACUCAGUAAUCAAACCUUGUGAUACACUACAGGUUUCACACAGGGGAGAAAGUUUCAAUGAGCUGCAUGCUGGAUAUUUGUCCAUCGCCGUUGCUGAAUGCAAUUUCGGGAGUGACUGUCGGUGCUGAACUCUGCAAUUAUUGCUGCUGCUCACCACUCCCAGUUCUGCACCCUGGUCACUGGGCAUGGGAGGAGUUUCUUCUGCUGCAUAUUCACCUUUAAUGGGACUGGAGUUUAAUACUCUGAAUCUGAGUCAAGUAAAUCAGUUCUAUUUUAAACUCUGUCUCUGGUAC